AUGAAGAGGUUGUUGCUUGGCAUUGAGCCUGCGCUUCGCCUGCGUAAGUCAUCCGAACUUCUGAAACAGGUACAUAUAAGCGAUUACGUUGACUCUCCCACCGGUCGCGGACACUAAGCCAUGUUGUCAGUCCCUUUUUCUACUUUCCAACAGCUGCAGUCCUCUGAGGUUUACCAGAGGUCGCGGUGCCUCUGCAUCUAUCUCAGCCUGUCAGAUGAACCCUGCACCGAGGCCAUAAUCGAAUCCGCCCUAGCAUCGGGAAGGCGCGUCUGCGUCCCACGGUUGCUGCCGCCUGACGUUGCGCAUGAAAGGUUUCCACUCACGCGGCACCUUGGUUACAUGCGGAUGCGUGCGAUACGCAACCUGAGUGACUGGACCGACUGGCCGCGGAACAAGUUUGGUAUUCGAGAACCACCAUCACCUCACUCAGACGUGGAUCUCGAUGACGCCCUUUCAUACAGUGAGCAUAUUUUCGGAGAUUUUGUGCCUUUAUCUUCACCACUCAUCCUUUAUCAGGGUGCCACCAUUGGUCAAUCCUUCAUUAGAUUAAGACCUACUUGCUGGUAGGAGGGCUUUUUUCUGCUCUGUCCUUCACACGUUUAGAAAUCUCUUCUACCCCCGCCACACUACCGGCCGUAACCGUUUUCUGGAUUGAGUGAAUUCCGUUGGCCUUCGUAUAGUGUGGCGUCCGUAUUCUCAUCGGUGGCCGUUGCGGGGUCGCUUAUGACGCUUCUGAAAGCUGUUGACCAGUUACGGAACAGAUGAUUUCACAAGGCCUUGUGGUUUUUACCCUCUCCCUGUGGAUCAGUCUUGGUGAAUCGUUCGUCUGCAUCCAAAAGACGGAAACUCCCUUGAUGUCGCGCACAUCACGACUCUUCUCCCAUGUCAUGUGUGUUUCACCCACUCAUCUGCCCGGUAGUUGUCGCAAUUCAAUCCCACUAUGUGAUUUACCGAUGGUACCGAUGCACAUGACAGUUUAAUUCCGUCUGUUUCCUAUGCUUGAACCGAGACUGCUUAAUCGCUCAGAUUUGUUUGGGCCUUCAAAACGGGCCGCGCUCUAUCACCAGAACCAAACACCGCCCACAGACGCGGAGGAGAAAGCGCAAAGUCGGUCCAGCUCAGAUUCAGAGCUUAAGUCCUAACUAAUUAAUCUGAUGGGCCUUGAAAUGCCAAGGUGCUGUUUGAAUUAGUACUUGGAAGGUUGCUAACUGGCAAAGUAGCUAUGACCUCCUGGGGACUAUGGGUCAGAGUUCAGCAGUUAACUGUUGGCUAUUAUGGCUUUUCUCGUCGAUUUAAGACCUUGAAAGCCUGGUUCAGGUGUGUGUAUGAAACGACACGUGUGGUGCACUGCCUCAAGAGCUGAAGCAACCGUAUCCGAAGCCAACUGAAUAGCGAUGGCCAAAGCGGAGUUACAGGACUCAAGCGCACCCAAAUUUCAGUGGGAAAUAGAUCUGCUUCGUCACCGGAGGAUCCGGACGUCUGUUUUUGCCCCCGUUGCCAGUCACCAGCAGAAUUCCAGAUAAUUUAGAUGACGACUUUGCCUUUUAGUUUUAUCCUGCAUGAAUUUACUGAAAGCCUGGGAGUUAGUCCUGUUGAAAUAAAACAAAGCCCGCCUGCAUAGUGCGCAUAAUCGGCCUGUUAGUAGAUACUCCUGUGGGAAAUGUCAAAUCCGCAUGCACCAAGCACAUAAUCUACCUGUUAGUGUCCAUCAUUAGUGUUGAUUAAUACCGUUAAACUCUUUCUUUCGAAAAAGAAUUCCAGCAAAAGUUCUGGUUUCGCUAGGGUGCUGUUGGAACUAGGGACAGGGAGGACUUUUCGAUGCUCCGUCUGACUUGACUGCUUCAGUUUACGAGUCUGCUGUAAGUUGCUACCGCUGUUGAGGUGCGCUGAAUGCAGACGAAGCGGCCAAUUUGCCGCGUCCAUGAGAGAAUGCGAUGAGAAUUAGAGUAUAGCACAAAUAAAAUAGCAUUUGUAGAAGUGUCGACAGUUUUAGAAUGAGACUUUCCAACUGCGUGCAAGAAAAGCUGACGCAUCACCUAGGCCUACUCGGCCGACCCGUUGUUUCCUACUUUCGUGUUGAGUAAGGUUUACCGCAAGCGUUGUUUCAACCCACGUGAUUAGUCGGGUGUUUUAGGGCUAGGUUCUCUCGGGAAAGCACAGUGCUUUCCAGUGUUGAUCUCUUUUUGACCAUAGCACACAAUGCAUCAUUUCGACCCCAGCUGAUUUCAUGGUUUGACCUACAAUCCAGAAGGAACUCGGUUCCUCUUAGCUGUUCCAGGACGUCUACAUCUCUCUUCUCUGUCAAGCCUAUAGGUCUCUUAAGGAAAACACGUUUGCUGUCUGAAGUUGGCAGAGCGAAAUUAACUAUCCGUUUUGUAGGUUUCGCUUGCACCCUCCGCUUACCUUGACUUUAGCUCCCACAGUCAGAGCUUAAGGCAGUCCUAGAUUCUACGGAAGAUGUCGUGGUCCUCUCUGAGCAUAUAGGCGUACUCAUCCUUAUUUUUCGAAUCUAACUUGGCUUGCCUGCUUCACUAGUCAGGGGUUGCACCUUUGACCCUGGGUUCUUCUUGGUUUCUUGAUCGUAGAUAAGCCUGCGCUGUAAAUGCUGCAGGUCAGGAAAUUGGGAGAACCUUAAGCAUGUUACCAGAGGGCCAACGGUGUAUAAAGCUCCAUGCUUCUAUCGCCUCUUCUCGCAACUUCAAAGUUACCUAUUUUAACCUAUCUUUGGCGUCAUUUGUGGGCGCAAAUUUUACAAUUGGGAUCCUCGAUCAUCUCCUGUCCUGAGUUCGAUCAGCCUUGCACAUCUGUACUUAAGUUUUCCUCGUACUGUUAAGACCACAGUCCCCCAUCCGUCGUUUGUAUUUCAUCCUCUUACCUACAGUUUGCCUUUUUUUAAAGAGUCAGCUAUAUCUAGCCGGGCGUAUCCCACUAUAGACCGUGGACAUGUGCUGUCUAUGCCGCUGAUCGUUGACUGGGAACAACAGUUAGGAAGAGUUAUGAUUUAGGUACGGUUUGACGAAACGAAAUUACCAUGUCAAUACCAAUCUUCGAACCAUAUUGCAAAUCACUUGAGUAUUUCUCGAGCUUCUGGCCCUAACAGUAGCCUCGCACAUGCAGUGGCGACCAGAUCGUGUGCGGCAUGUGUUGCCAGCCUGCCUGGUGCGCGCCCACCUCUGGUUGUCUCGACAUUGUCUUGCCAUCCGGAGCAAGGUGGGUGCAAAAGUGUUUUUCGAAAGUCUACCUAACUAUAAACCACUUCACACCGCUGGGCUCUGGGUGGAUGUCGUCGUUUGCGACGCUCGAACUGUCACUUCAAAACCGCAUCAUUCCCUUUGGUGUUUAUCGCUUGCUGGUAUCCAUUUGUUCUCUGUCCCUCCCCCUCUAGACGUUGACCUGAUGAUUCUGCCCGGCCUGGCUUUCACUAAGGACGGAAGGCGUCUUGGUCGAGGUGGCGGUUACUACGAUCGCUAUCUGGCUGGACUGCGGGAGCUUCUGAGUCCACGGAUGCCGUUCCUGCUUGCACUUGCCUAUGAGGAGCAAGUCCUUCCAGAAUUACCAACUUGUCUGCACGAUUUCACAGUUGAUAAGGUCUUUUACUCCUGA